CGCCCGGGUGACGUCGAGCGCGUCACGCAACGCCCCCCCGUCGGGGGGUCAGUCAAGGUCUGCGCCUGCGCCUGCGCCGCCGCUGGACCCGCGGGCCGGCCGGCGACGGGCGUGGAGCCGGGCGCCCGCGGCGAUGGGAAAUCCAGUCGUCAGAAUUGACUCCCGAGGAGAGGCCCUAACCGAGUAUCGAUGGAAGAAACUGGAGGAGUUCUCCAACAGCUGCCACCCGCCCAGACACCAGGGACAGACGGUGUUGCAGAUUAAAAAUUCUUCAUGAAAAAGGAAGCCCUGAAGCAUCAUGAUGGAUUCAGAAGCUCAUGAGAAGAGGCCGCCGAUCCUGUCCUCGCCCAAGCAAGAGCUGUCCCCUCACAUCGCGAGCGUCACUGAGAUGAAGCACUACUUGUGCGGCUACUGUGCGGCUUUCAACAACGUGGCCCUCACCUUCCCCAUCCAGAAGGUUCUCUUCCGGCAGCAGCUCUACGGCAUCAAGACCCGGGACGCGGUUCUCCAGCUGAGGAAGGAUGGGUUUCGGAACUUGUACCGCGGCAUCCUCCCGCCACUGAUGCAGAAGACCACCACGCUGGCACUCAUGUUCGGCCUGUACGAGGAUUUGUCCUGCCUGCUCCGAAGACACCUCCACUCCCCGGAGUUCGCCACCCGGAGCCUGGCGGCCGUCCUCGCAGGUACCACUGAGGCGAUUUUCACUCCACUGGAAAGGGUCCAGACCUUGCUUCAGGACCACCGGCACCACGACAAGUUCACCAACACUUACCAGGCGUUCAAGGCACUGAAGUGCCACGGGAUUCGCGAGUACUACCGGGGUUUGGUGCCCAUUCUCUUCCGUAACGGCUUCAGCAACGUCCUGUUCUUUGGCCUGCGGGGCCCCAUUAAGGAGCACCUGCCUGCCGCAGACACGCACAGCGCCCACCUGGUCAACGACUUCAUCUGCGGAGGCCUGCUGGGGGCCAUGCUGGGGAUCCUGUUUUUCCCGGUCAAUGUGGUGAAAACGCGCAUGCAGUCUCAGAUUGGUGGGGAGUUUCAGUCGUUCCCCAAGGUGUUCCAAAAAAUCUGGCUCGAACGGGACAGGAAACUCACAAACCUCUUCAGAGGCGCCCAUCUGAAUUACCACCGUUCCCUCAUUUCGUGGGGCAUAAUUAAUGCGACUUACGAGUUCCUGUUAAAAAUUAUAUGAAAGGAAUCACUAGCUCCGUGACAUUUUAUCAGUGCAGUAGACAGUUCUAAGGAGAAUGCAAUUUGGCUUCAUUCCUAAUUGGCAAAAUACAAGUUGGUGUCUUAAGUCCAGGACACAGUGAAUUACGGGGGCACAGCUCUUUUCCUGAAGCACCAACAAGUUCAGAAUAAAAGGUUUCAGGAGGAAAUUUUAAGGGUUUUGUUGCCUUUUUUUUUUUUGGUCGGAAUUUUAGACCAACUGCCUGGUUAUCAAUGUCUGUAUGAUGGGCUUUGCCAAGAGACAACCUAGUCCCCUGUCUUUGCUGAACUGUGUUCAGUUAGAGAUCAGACUUCCAGCCCAGAGGGAGAUGCCUCAGGCUUGCUUUAACUACUCCAGUGCUUGCCUCUGCCCCGAGGACUCAGAGGGCAGUUCCUGUUAAGCUUAAGCAUCGCGGUAGGACCGAGGAGCAGAACACAGCAGUAGAAGCAGCUUCUUAGGGAGAAAUCACUUCUGAUAACGAAUCGCUUGCCUUUGUUUUGCUCAGAAAGCCCCCACGGAUAGUUGGGACCCGCUCUCUCUGUGUAGAAGUGCUAGAAUCGGGCAGCGAAUGGUAUCGCCUGUCGAGUUCUGAAUGUGACCUUAAACCUUUUCGAUCUGCUUCAUUGUCAGAACAUGGGGAGACUUGAAUUUGCAGGUUUUUUCCCCCCUAGAAAUUCCCCCCCUAGAAAUUUCCUAUAAAUUGCUUACAGGGUACUUGGACUCUGUUUCUUUGAAUCGUUGCUGCCAAACGAGCCAAGUGCUUUGCAUUUCUCCCCUUUGAUAGUAGUUGGUCGUUUCAGGUGUCAACUCUUGGAAAACACUUUGAUGAGAUCUGUUUUUUGGAAAUCCACUAAUAGGAUCCCACUUUCAUUAUCUUCCCCUUUCUGGUUCCUUAAAACAAGGGAAGGGGUGAAACCACAGGAUAGCUUUCACACCUGUGGGGAUGUUGGCUGUGCUUGUUUUGCUCGCGGAAAUGAAUUCCGGUCGGCAGUCUUAACAUUGUGGGAAUGCCGUUUACCGCUUCAUCAUUAAAACAGUAAACCAAUGAAGAUGCUGGGAAGGUUCACUUUAAGUUCUAGAAAUUGGAGGGCAGGCUCACUUCUGCCUGACAGACACCUGUUGGUGACUAACGCUAGUGGAGUAAAACCCACACGUCAUCCUCGAGAAGUGGCUUCUCACUGUCUGCAAAGCUGCACUUGUAAAUACUAGACGGUGAAGAUCACAUUCCAGCAUCCGACCUGGCGGACACGUCCGGUCUCUCACGCCCAGGUUUCCGUCGUUCUGGGUAAUCGCAUAUAAACGUGCUCAUGCUGACCAAUCAGAGUCAGGCUUUCUGUUGUUUACUCUGUUUCUGGGCCGGUGGUCUCCCCCAAAGAGUUACCUCUAAAUCCCCAACAGCUGGUCAGAGCAAAUGAGCAUCCUUCCGGCAGUAGCGGGUUAGGCAGCGGCGCCAGGCAGUGAGGAAACAGCUUUGCAGCAGCUGGAAGCGGCGGUUUACUCUAGGAACCUCCGUGCAGGUGUGGGGUUUUCCAGAAACAAACUAGCACCAAAUAAAUGUGAGUAGCAUCCUUUGGCCUAUGCCAUAGUCGGGUGUGAAGUGGGUCAGGUUCCAUCGGUGACCUGGGCACUGCGGUGCUUUCAUACAGGCGGGUGUGUGUGGGCCUGGGUGUCCCUGAGUGUUCCCAGGUGUGAGUGUGUGUGUGUGUGUGUGUGAGUGACACCCCCGCUCAAGCAGGUGAGUGAUGCUGGGGGUCUAGGGAUGGUCUCUAGGGGCCUCCCUUUGUCUCUACACUCCACGCUAGUGUUAGGAAUCUGAUUUCUAAGGCACUUAGGUGAAAUCAAAAUGAAGUGAGGUUGAAGUGGCGGGUGGGGGGGGGAAGGAUGCCUUGGUUUCUCCUGUCUCGGAUACUCGGAUAUGUUGCUUUUUUUUUUUUCUUCUUGUAGUAAACCAAGUUUAUUUGACCUAAAUUUCAAUCGCUACAAUCAUACUCUAGCUCUGUGAGCAUUUUUUAGUACACUUCCUGGAGACUAAGGCGAGGCAUUCAUCAAAUAUGUUGCUUUUAAAAAUAAUAAAUAUUUUUAAUGGUUUUAACUCAGAAACUUUGGCUUUAUUUAUCACUUUUUACAGCUUUUGAAGACCAAACCACAAAUACUUUACCAGGGAUGGUUGUCUAUUCGUAGACCUCUUCAGUUAGACAACAACAAAAAAAUUCAGACUGGUGGUUACAACAGCUUUGUAUGAACUUUAAAAGUAGCCAAACCGUAUUCGUAAGUGAUUCAAACUUGUUUUUACGACUUCAUUGUGAACUGGUGUGAUGGUAAUUUUGAAAAGUCAAGAUGAUGGAAUAAUCUUAUCUGAAAAGCUUUACAAGUGGCCUUUCUGUCACAGACGGGCACAGAGGCCAUUUUGGGUUCUACAUUUAACAUAGUAGCUUGAGCCCCUGGGAAUUCCGCCGAAUCAAACACAGCCUGUAUGGGGAAGCCAGUUGUCUUCAUAUUAAAUUUGUGAUCGGAGACAGUUGAUGCUUUGACUAGGCAACACUCACGUGAGUCUUCUGGUGGGUGAUCUUGUAGUUGGAUCUAUAAUCCCCUGCUCUAGCUUAGGAACUGGUGCAAUAAUAACAGUUGUGUGUGUAGUUAAGACUUAGGGACCUGAAAAUACAUCUACAAUAGAAUCAGGACAGGCCGCAGAGAGGUAAGGGAGUAUUGGGUGGUGGACAGGAAAGGGCCCCGGGGUGGGGACUUUACAGAGCUGAUUGGGUUGGCCCAUGCCGCUCAGCAGAGGGAGAAUAUUGUGUGCAGGCCCCAUGGGCAAAGGAAAGGUGGGACGGGCCACUUUGGAAGGAGAGUGAACACUCGGACUUGGUUUCUUCUAAGGUACGAGCAGUCAGGUUUUGUCCUAGGGGAAAUCAGGGCACAUCAGAGACUCAAAAGGUGGUUUCCUCACUUUUGAGGAUUUUCGGUUUUUAAUGCUCUUUAAUAAAUGCUUGCCUAAGUGGCUUUCAAAUUGUGCCGGUGUCGGCGUUUCCCCUUUUAAGGUUUCAUCAUUAAAAGUGGGUAAGAACACUCAGCUGUUUUUGAUAUACUGAGUUUUGUGACUUGAGUUUUGUGACAAUGAGUUAAAUGAAAUCUGUUCAAUGUUUCAGAGUUACAUGCUUCUCUCUCUCUCUCUCUCUUUUUUUUUUUUUGGUGAUUAUGUGGAAUAAAGUUUUUUAAGUC